AAGAGACAGAAGAAAAAGAAGGAGAAAUUGGAGAAGGGGAAAAGGAAGAAAAGAAGAAAAAACAAAGGAGAAAACGAUACGCGAGGGAGAACCAACGUGAGAAAGCGGGUUCGAACUCAUCACAUGGGGAGAGAUACUGCUUCAAACUUUUGGCAGGAUCCGGGCUCUUUCCUCGCGGGCGAUCUGAGGGAUAAUGACACGUCUUCCGGGAUUCAAACGCAGAUGCACGAAGGAUCUCAUGGCUUUGGAAAUGCAGGGUCUCAAUCUCAUCUUCAGAGGAGAUCUGUUGCAAAAUUGCCUUCAAGUGCACAGACUCACGAUUUUGAGGAGAGAGAGGCACGGACAUUCCCAGAUGUGGUGUGCCGCCAGUCCAACACGGGCCUCUUCUCCUUCUUCGCCUUCGCCAUCCUCAGCCUUGACCUCACCGCCAAUAUCAUGAGCACCAUCGACAUCUCCGUCGACAUCGACAUCGCCGGAAGCGCCGCCAACAGCUCCACCACCGUCAACAACACCAACACCAAUACGAACACCAACACCAACACGAACGAGAACACCAACACCAACAACAACGGCCGGUCCCUUUACUCUUUCGACAUGCAAAGCUCCUCCUCGAACCCAGGUGGCGGCGGAGAGUCACCGAGGAUCCUCCAGGACUCAAAGGGCAUUGGAGUGUCACCGGAGAUCCCACAGGACGAAGGAGGCGAUGACUACGCGACGGGAGAAGCUGGCUACCCCCCUCAGGAGACCGUCGAGGAGAGGAACUUCCUGAAGGAGUUGCUGGAGGGCACCUACGAGAGGUUCUUGGAGGUUCACCAGCGGGUGAUAAUGGAACAAGGUCGGGUUCACAGGCGGGGGUUCAGCCAGGGGUUCCUCCAGGCUUGGUUCGAGGCCGUGCUCGAUCUGUAUUAUGCUCUUAGGGAAUGAUCAAUAUUUCUUCCUUUUUUGCGUCUUUGUAUUAUUUUCCCUUUAGAAAAGCUGUUUGUUCUUUUAUAUCUCGGUAUUAUUCGUUUAGA